GGUAGUAUGCCAGUAGACUUGAUGGGCCAAAUAGCCUGAUUCUGCCCCACCACUCAUGACGUUGGCAUCAUAUUCUGUGUAAAUAACGUGGGCCGAAGCGCCUGUUCCUGUGCUGUACUGUGCUAUGUUCUCUAUGCUCUCAGUCCAUGGCUUUGCAAAAUUAGCAGUUUCCAAUCAGUAAACGCCAGCAGCCCUUAUUCAAAAGCACCACUCGUCUAAAAUGUGAGUACUUAUUGUGUGGUAUUCCUUAAAGCUAAAUUAUCUCAAUAAAAAACUGAACAGGUGCAUGGGCUGCUAAACUUUAGGAUUAAGGGGAGGAGUGUUUUCACUGUGUACAGAAUGACUAAUCAAAUCUCUACAUCCACACAAAUCACCUUCAGGAGUGAAAGGGAAUUAAAAGGGGUGUUUGGUUUUAUGUGAAAACAUAAAUACGACCUUAAAGCCACGCAUUAUUGCCACAUUUGUAUCUGCAGUAUCUUGUUGUUGAUGAUGGGAAGUGCUUUACACUACAGAAUGUACAGAACAGCGCACACGCGUGUCUGGGUGGAAAGAUGUACUUGGCUCGAGGUGAUUUCACGCAAAUGAAUGUAAUGUACACGCCUGGAAAUAGGACGGGGUACAGCUGGCGACAGCACAGUUGGGGGACGAGUUUAAUUUAGUUUCGUUUCGAGAUACAGCGCGGAAACACGCCCUUCGAUCCACGGGCCAGUGAUCCUACACACUGUAGUAGUGCCAAGGUCCAAACAGCCGGAAUGCAUCGUGCAUUAGUGGCUGGCUCGCCUCGCCUCAAACACAGCCGGCAGUGCAGAACGAUUGCAACCUCCACUACUGUAGUACAGCCAUUAAGUACUAACCAACAAACACCAAGCCGGGAGACAAUCUUGUUUGUAGAAUUUACUGGGUCAAUGUCCCUUCAAAAUUUCAGCUGAGUUGAGGAAAAAAAAGAAAAAUGACAACAAAAAAAAAGGUCCAGGAAAAGGAGAAAAAUUGAAUUUUUCAUCGCAGGAUGUUCGAGAAAAAGAAUAUUUUCGUGCUGGUGGAUGUGUUGUGCCUGGUUGUGGCAUCGUUACCAUUUGUCACAUUGUCCUUGCAUGCAAAGCCAAGAAUACGAGGGUUCUACUGUGACGAUGAGAGUAUCAAAUAUCCAUACAAAGGGGACACCAUAUCCCACUGGACAAUGGCAGCAGUUAUUAUUCCAUCCUGCAUCAUCAUUAUUACUGUUGGAGAGGCAAUAAUGGUUCGGCUGAAGCAUCUGUACUCGAAAUCAGAGUUCAACAACUACGUAGCUGCCUUGUACAAAGUGGUGGGCACCUUCAUGUUUGGUGCGUUUGUGAGUCAAUCAUUGACUGACAUCGCUAAGUAUACCGUGGGACGCCUCCGGCCAAGUUUUCUGGCGCUGUGCAAGCCCAACAUGUCGAUGGUGGACUGUUCGCAGUAUGUCCAACUGGAUGUUUGUACGGGGAACGACGUCGAUAUUACUGAGGCAAGGUUAUCAUUUUAUUCUGGGCACUCGUCAUUUGGAAUGUACUGCAUGGUGUUUCUUUCGCUGUACAUGCAGGUGCGUUUGAAGGGAAAAUGGGCCCGGCUUUUGCGGCCAACCAUUCAGUUCUUUCUACUGGCCUUUGCUGUAUACGUGGGCUACACACGAGUCUCUGAUUACAGACACCACUGGAGCGAUGUACUGGCCGGAUUCCUCCAAGGAGCCAUUGUGGCAAUUUUAAUUGUCCGCUAUGUUUCAGAUUUCUACAAAAGUAGGCCUGAGACUUUGGAGCAUUCAGAGGGCUCUGAGCCAGAGAGAAAACCCAACAUUCCCUUGACUGAAACGGAGCCGAUGAAUCACUAUGGCACAGGACACGUUCCCUGAUUCACCAGCGGAAAACCAUUCUUCCCACCCCCUGACAUCAACUCUGUGGUUUUCCAUCAAGCAUCAAAGGAUGAAUUCCUUCCUCUUAUAUCGUUCAAACUUUGUUCUGUUUGCUGUGUGUUGACACUCAAAGACUUGCUGGCUCUCUUGUGUGAAAGGACCUCUGGCUUGCUUAUCCGUGCUUGAGUUACUGAGGCUAGAUACCAAUAGGUUUGCAUUGUGCAGGUGAAGCGCCUUGCUAAAUCUCUCACAGCUUGCCAACAAUAACAGUGUAUAUUUGCCCCCUCUCCUGCCUUUAUAACUCCCCCACCCUCCCCCCUAAAGAUAUCGACUCCAUGUUACUGUCAAAAGAGUUUUGUACCGUUUAUGUAGAUCCAUAGUAGAAUCCCAUGCAUUCCCUUGGUGUCAGGCGCAAGGUCGUGAAUGCAAGAAGCUGGUUCAGGCUGGAGCCAUAUCUCCAAAUGUUCGCGGACCACCCUAUCCUCUUUCCAUGAUCCCUCUGCUCUUUAUAUCACCUCUGCGAAGAGCUUGGGGUGAGAUUAGCAACUUCUCCACACUUGGGACAGCAACUUGGCUUCAGAGCAUUCAGAAUUCUUCUGUUAUCACUGUUUCCAAUGCACAUUGAAAUAUCUUUCUCCCCCCCCACUCACCAUGACACUUCCUCCUGGGGUUCAGUAGGGGAAUGCCCCCUGCGAUUUUGGUCUUGACUAAAUUAGCUAAUCUCAUUUUGGGCAGUGUCUGUGUACAAUGAUUCAACUCACUGAUUCAGAGUAAUUGAUUGCAAUCUGGAUGUUUGUAUGCCCGGUAUUAGCCUCCACAAUCAUUUUCUCCCCUAUCCACCCUUCCCUCACAAGCAGAUACUCAAUCACAUCCAUCAAGAUUUAUUUUGGGAUAGAGCUUGAUAAAGCAGGAGCCAUGCUUGGUAUAACUCACUAGACAUCCUCUCCAUUGAAAGUUUAAAAGGCGAUUUUUAUUUUAAAUGCACUCGUUGACUUGGGUGCAGUUCUAAACAAGGUUAGUGGUGUUUGCAUUUGUAACCUCUAGUCAUUGCAUUCCCAUUUGGAAGCAGCUUUUGACACAUUGCAUUCUUUUGCUCUGAAUCUUGUACCUCCCCCCCCUUUUCCCACUCGCAACUGACGUAACGUCGUUGAGUCACAGACAGCAAGAACGGAGAUUAAAUUUCUCCUUCUAAAGCAUUGACUGACUAAUCGAUGUAACUGGCAGUUCAAACAUAAGCAGAGAUGACAUGUUGCGGAAAUACCGGCAGCUGAUGUUGAGAGAUUUAUUUGCUUUCUUAAUCAUGACAGGUUCUCACUUAACCGGUGUGCGCGUGUCUGUAAAUGUCGAUGCCUUUUGCAAUGUUGUCAGAACCUAGAGUUUGCUCCAUGCCACCAUAUGUGUUACAUUCAGUUCCUAUGAAGCAGGUCUCUUUAAUUUAGACCAAUGUUUAGACCAGCAGGAUUUGCUGCAAUUUUUGAACAUCCGUUGCGUGAGAUGCCUUUACUGUACAUCUCCAACGUGCUUAUGCAUGUUUCUAAAUAUUAAGCACAGUGGCAACGGAAUAACUGCUGGUAUCAAAUGCGAUGUUGCCAGGCAUUCUGACGUGCAUGUAGGUCAUGGCUUGGUCAACGAAUCACUUUGCAGGAUGAGACUUUACAGGAUUUGAAACUCCGAAAACCAACGAAGGCUCGGAAAGCUAGCACUGUGAGAGCAAAAAAACGGCCAUUGAACCCCGACCAACUUGGUCCUACACCCAAGGAGGAAAGGGAGUACGGUAGACAAAAAUGCUGGAGAAACUCAGCGGGUGAGGCAGCAUCUAUGGAGCUAAGGAAACAGGCAACGUUUCGGGUCGAAACCCUUUGGGUUUCGACCCGAAACGUUGCCUGUUUCCUUAGCUCCAUAGAUGCUGCUUCACCCGCUGAGUUUCUCCAGCAUUUUUGUCUACCUUCGAUUUUCCAGCAUCUGCAGUUCCUUCUCAGGAAGGAAACGAGGCAAGCUCUGUGUUCACCUCAGUGGUGUUCCAAACUAUUGGUGGACAGCAUGACAUUCUCACCAACUUGCCCGUGCCAUCCAAAAUCAAAAUGGUACAAAACCCCAGUCAUAAGAUGGUCGGUUUAACGUGGCUAGGUAAAUGAUGUCAAAACCGUUGUCUAUUUUCCCCCCAACUUCGUGUGUGGCAGCAUAACCUGGUCUUGAGAAACUUGCUUUUGAACUGAAUCGUGAAGCAUUUUUGGCCCUUUUGUAUAUAACUACUUGUGUAUUUUAGACAUGGAGCUGACAAAUUUGGUGAAAUGGGAGAUUAGCAUGUUGCAAAUUUUAAUCAAAUUCAAAGUUUAUACUCCGAUUAAAAUUUCAGAACCUUUUUCAAAAAGAAACAGUCAAGUAAACCAAACAAUGGUUGCAAUACAGCAAUUUUGACUAACAUUCUGACAACAUAGUCAUAAGAUUUGCAGAUGUAUAAUACAGUUUAUGCAAAUGUCACCAUUCACAGCACACAAGGUCUUACAAGAAUUUCUUACAGUAUUUGCGAUAUAUCAAUAUGGCUUCAGUUAUUCUUUAACAUAUUCUAUGAGCGCCAAAUCCAAGAGGCUUUUGCAUAGGUUUUGGUCACACUUCUUCCAAAAGGCUGAUUUCAUGUUACUGUGAUCAACCGGAUAUAUUAAUGAUCCACCAUUCAUUCUUUGCCAGGCAAUGCAGUUUCAGGGCCACCACUGCACAACCUCCCAACACUUCCAGUUCUCCAUUUUUGAGAUUCUAGACGAUGGCAAUUUUUAUAUAUUUGGGGCGGCUCGGUGGCACAGCAGGGAGAGAUUCAAUCCAGAUCUCGGGUGCUGUCUACGCGGAGUUUGCACGUUCUCCCUUUGACAGUGUGGGUUUCAUCCGGGUGCUCCGGUCUCCUCCCACAUCCCAAAGUCGUGCAGGUUUGUAGGUUCAUUGGCUUCGGUAAAAUUGUAAAUUGUCCCCAGUGUGUAGGAGAGUGUACAGGGUGAUCGCUGGUUGGCGCGGACUCAGUGGGCCUAAGGGCCUGUUUCCGCUACUGUAUCUCUUAAGCCUAAAGAUGGUCAAUGGGCGGCAUGGAUCCGGUGGGCUGAAGGGCCAGUUUCCAUGCUGUAUCUUUAAAUAAAUCAUAGCAAGUGGAAGAGUCAAGACCACCCAUUAACUGUGGAUGAACUGAUUAGAUCAAUUCUUCAAGACAAAUAAUACUCCCAGAAUCAAUAGGUAGCUAGUUGAGUGUGUUAUCUUUGCCUCUCUGGGACUGAGUUCGCCCAGCUAGCUAUGGUUCUAUCCAUCAUCACGACAGGGAGAAGGGUGAGUGGGAGCAAAUCGGAAAAUAGCAACACAUCUUACUGCUUAAUGGGGAACCCAAGACAGUGGUAAACGUCUUUUAAGAAACUUUUAAACCAAUGUAAAUUUUUAUACUGCUAUUCUGCUUUCCUGAUCUCUGACUGAAUUGUAAAAUUGCUUCAGUUUGUGCCGAAUUGUAAACAUUUUCUGUUAUAGAGACAAUGUAAACAUAACGUAUUUUAUUAAGUGAUAUAAUAAAGUGAUUUUUGUACAUUU